UAUCAUCCUGAAUUUACAGACGUGAAAACCAAGACUUGGACUGGUUGCAUAGGUUUGCCCAGCCUUACCUCGGCUAAAGUUGCCUCCAAGCAACCAGUUUGCAAGCACCCCGGUGCACGCCACGAGUCCUGGUAGGCCAAAAACUACAAUUCCCGUGGUGCUGUGCGGCACCAUCGCGGGAGUUUUCUUAAACGCGGCGGCGGGAAUAAGGCCCCUGCAGCAGGCUGGGCGGUUAACAGGGCCGGCCAGAGGACAGAUGGCGUCCCGCAGCCGUAAUCGAGAACCUACGCCGCGUACGCUGCUGCGGCGCGUGCUGGAUACCGCAGAUCCGCGCACCCCGCGGCGACCCCGGAGUGCUCGAGCUGGUGCCCAGAGAUCCCUGCUUGAAACUCCUUCCUCCAGGAGGCUGAGCAGCCAAACAAAGACCACUGCCAGAAGGCGUUCCUAUGGAGCCAAGUCUGUUGGCAGAUUGCCCCAUGCUCCAACCAGUGAGCACCUGGAGGAGCAGACACCUCGGACUCUGCUGAAUAACAUCCUACUAACUGCCCCAGAAUCUUCCAUCCUGAUGCCAGAGUCAGUGGCAAAGCCAGUGCCAGAGGCACAAGUUACCCAGCCUUCCAGACGGAAAAGCAGUCAGGGCAGCUUGGAAUUGCACCUUCCUGAGCCUGAGCCCCUCUUGCCCCUGCCUCAAGGUUUGCUGGCCCCUGGUAAGAGGAAGCAGAGGCUGAGACUAUCCGUAUUUCAGCAGGGAGUGGACCAGGGGCUACCUCUCUCCCAAGAGCCUCGUGGGAAUCCUGAUGCCUCAUCCCUUGCCAGCUCCCUCAACCUGACCUUUGCCACACCUCUCCAGCCACAGUCAGUGCAGAGGCCUGGUUUGGCUCGCAGACCUCCCAAUCACCGAACUGUAGAUGUGGUUGCCUUUUUGCAGGAUCUGCGUGACACUAACUUGGCUCCUCCAAACAUUGUGUUGGAGGACACCCAGCCCUUCUCUCAGCUUUUGGCUGGCUGCUCCCCCAGUAUGCGUGGCUCCCUGCCUCUCCCCUCUCAUAUGGGGGCUGAAGAUGCUGAACAGGUUGCCAGUCCCAGGACAUGGAGCAGUGGGUCUGGGCUGCAGAACAACAGCCCUGAGAAAUCAGCUCAGUUUCCAGCAAAAAAGGCAGAGGAGGUCAGUGCCCUUGCUCUGGGCUUCCCGAACACCAGCAAUAUUAUCUCUGGAGAUGGAGUAGAGCCCUUAAAGGAUGGAGUUGUAGAGGCGGCAGAGAAAAGGAUAGAAGAAGAAGGCUUGAGAAUGAGUGAAGUGAAGGAAACAACAGGAUCACAAGGACCUUUCAGGGCAGAACAGCCUGAAGGACAUACAGAGGUGAUAGAAGCAGAGGGAUUCCAGGAGGUUGUUGAGGCUGAGAAGCCAGAAGAAUCUAAAGGGGAUGAGGACACCUCUGGUAGGACAGCAUGUCCAGAGUUGGCCUCCAACACCCCACUGUUUCUACAGACCAAGCAACUUCAUCAGUUUCUUGAACUAGCCCCCUCACCAGCUUACCUUCAGAGCCCCUGGAGCCUCAGUUUGCCAGGCAUCCCCCUAGGCCCCGAACCACUGGCCCCAGGCCCCGUCAAGAUCCCUAUAAGACUGGACUGAGCCACUACAUGAAACUCUUCAGCUUCUAUGCUAAGAUGCCCAUGGAGAAGAAGGCUCUUGAGAUGGUAGAGAAGUGGUGAGUCCUGGACACCUGGGGUGGGGAGAAGAGCCCCAUAGGUCAUGAACAGACUAUUGAGUCUGCCUAUCCCAACCUUGGCAGCCUAGAUAAGUUUUUCCAGCAUCUUUGUGAUGAUCUGGAGGUAUUUGCUGCCCAUGCUGGCCGCAGGACUGUAAAACCAGAGGACCUGGAACUGCUGAUGCGACGGUGAGAGGGCAGGAGGGGGAGGUUCUAGGUGUGAGUGUGCUGGUGCCAAUUUCAUCUGUCCCUUUUCUUCCUCUGCUGCAGGCAGGGCCUGGUCACCGAUCAAGUCUCACUGCACGUGCUUGUGGAGCGGCAUCUACCCCUGGAGUACAGGCAGCUGCUCAUCCCUUGUGCAUUCAGUGGCAACUCUGUCUUCCCUGCCCAGUAGUGGCCAGGCCUCAGCACUUGCCCUAUCCCCACCUGAGGCCCCUUGGUGUUACUUACUCCUCUAGGUCUUUUCCUUACUCCCCAGCAUCAAUAAAGUAUUACAA